AUGGCUUAUUUUGGUGAGAGCCUGACUGGUGUUGCCUUAGAAUGGUUUAUAGACCAAGAGAUCUCCCACUGGCACAUCUGGGAUGAUAUGGCUCAAGAUUUUGUUAGACAAUUUCAGUACAAUGUCGACAUUAUGCCCGAUCGCAAUACACUCUCUAAUAUGAGAAAAGAGCCAAAUAAAAGCUUCAAAGAAGGGGCUCCAGUUCCUGACUAUUUCCACCACCUAACAGCCGCAAUGGGAAGACCGUUUCACACGACAAUCAAAAUUGGAGAAAUGGUCGAAAGUGGUCUCAAAACAGGAAGGAUCAUGAGCCAGGUAGCAAUCAAAGCUACCACACAGGCCAUUCAAGGUGGUUCAGGUAGUUUUGGAAAUCGUAAAAGAAAAGAGGAAGUUUUUUCGCUAACAUCAGGGUCAAGGGGUGCUCAAAGGAAUUCUAAUUGUCCUUACCUACCACUUCAAGGACAAUCUAGCUAUCCUCAACAUUACUACCCUUAUGUCCCUCAAUAUCCAGUAUCUCCAUCUCCAUACACGGUCUUCAAUGCCCAGUCAUAUGUGCAUUCUCCCAAUCGCCCACAUUUUCGAGCCCCAACUCAAGGAAACCUUCGCCCACAACGACCACCCUAUCAAGUCCCUUACAACCCUCCUUCUAUGCAAAAUUAUGCUCAAGAGCAAGGACAAAAAAGGAAAUUCACUCUAUUGGGAGAGUCAUACUCCAGCUUAUUUCAAAAGUUAAGAAAGAUAGGAGUGAUUGGGUCUAUCCCACCACAUUGUCUGAAUCCAACUGCUCCAGGUUUCCAAGCCAAUGAAAGAUGUGAGUAUCAUUCAGGGGGCCUAGGACACAACACUGAUAAUUGUUGGACCUUGAAGGGGGCGAUAGAGAAGCUAAUUGAUCAUGGAGUGGUCGUUGUGACAGAUGAUCAAAACACUCCAAAUAUGACUAAUAACCCACUUCCAACUCAAAACAAUUUAGUGGGUAUGAUCUACGAUGAUCAAGAGUACAAACUCCUUGGCAAAAUGGGAAAGUUGUUUAGGAAUAUCGGAGAGGAAAACAAGCCGAUAAAGAGUUUAGAACCAGUUGCAUCUUUGAGUGUGGAAGGUGUCAACCUUGAUACCAAAGUUUUGUGUGUCCCGGGGGUUUCGAAGGGGAUUGAAGUUCGAGCAGGUAUGCCAAAGUUGUAUGUAUCGAAAGGUUUUUCAUUAACACAACAGGACCAAAAUUGCUUGGCAAAAGGACCUAUCUUUGUUAAGCCUGUCCAACAGCUUCCGGUAACUGAUUCAAAGGUUGUCCCUUGGAACUAUAACAAAAUCGCAGUGGUUUACCGAGGAAAGGAGAUUAUUGAAGAGGUUGAUGAAGCAGGAGGGCUGACACGCUCUGGAAGAUGUUAUUCUCCAGAAGAAUUAAGAAAAGGGAAGAUGACUCAAAAUAUCCAAGUACCACUGAAGAAAGUAGUUAGUGAGGAAGAAGCAGAAGAGUUUCUAAAAAAGAUAAAGGUUCCAGAUUACUCUGUUGUGGAACAAUUGAAGAAAACCCCGGCACAAAUUUCAUUGUUGUCUCUACUCUUGCACUCAGAAGAACAUCGUCGUGUGUUGAAUAAGAUUUUGAAUGAAGCACAUGUAUCGAAGGAGACCACGGUAAAUCAGUUAGAGAAAAUGGCCAAGCGCAUAUUUGAGUCAAACACCAUCACUUUCACUAUUGAUGAGUUACCCACAGAGGGAGCUGGAUAUAACAGAGCAUUGCUUCUUACAGUGAAAUGUGAAGGGUACUAUGUAAAGAGGGUCAUGAUAGAUGGAGGAUCCGGGGUAGACAUAUGUCCUCUCUCUACGUUGCAAAACUUGAAAAUUAGCCUUGACAGAAUCGCCCCAGCAAUAUAUUUGUUCGAGCUUAUGACGGCUCAAGGCGGGAUACCAUUGGAGAAAUCAAGUUAA